CCCCGGAGCCGGCUUUCGGCGGCGCGGCAGGGGAGGAGGGCCUGGGCCUGCGGGCAGCGAGCAGCUGGGGGUCGGCCGGCGGGCGGGCGAGUGCACAAGGCCCUGGGUCGGGCGCGGGCGGAGGCGCGAGUGGGGCGGGCGAGCCCGGCACUCCCUCCCCAUGGCCCGGAGCGGGCCGCGGAGGCGGCGGCGGCGCUGACAGGCUCAGGGCGGGGCGGCCGGGGGCCCGGGGCCCUGGGGAAGAUGAGCGCCCUCCUAGAGCAGAAGGAGCAGCAGGAGAGGCUGCGGGAGGCAGCGGCCUUGGGGGACAUUCGGGAGGUGCAGAAACUGGUGGAGAGCGGGGUGGAUGUGAACUCCCAAAAUGAGGUCAACGGCUGGACCUGUUUACACUGGGCAUGUAAACGCAACCAUGGGCAGGUGGUCUCUUACCUGCUAAAGUCAGGGGCUGACAGAGAGAUUCUGACAACCAAAGGAGAGAUGCCGGUGCAGUUAACAUCAAGGAGAGAGAUCAGGAAGAUAAUGGGAGUGGAAGAAGCUGAUGAUGAUGACGAGCUCCCCCAGCUGAAGAAGGAGUCAGAACUGCCCUUUGUUCCCAACUAUCUGGCCAACCCAGCCUUCCCUUUUAUCUAUACCCCCGCAGCAGCAGAAGACUCCACCCAGUUGCAGAAUGGGGGUCCCUCCACACCUCCAGCGCCACCCCCUGCAGAUGGUUCUCCUCCCUUGCUUGGUCCCACAGAACCCCCUCUGCUAGGGGCCUUUCCUAGGGACCACACUUCUUUGGCACUGGUUCAGAAUGGUGAUAUUUCUGCCCCCUCUGCCAUACUCAGAACGCCAGAAAGCACAAAACCUGGUCCUGUCUGUCAGCCACCAGUGAGUCAGAACCGCUCCCUGUUCUCUGUCCCAUCCAAGCCACCUGUGUCUCUGGAGCCUCCAAAUGGGACAUAUGCAGGACCAGCGCCAGCAUUCCAGCCAUUUUUCUUCACCGGAGCAUUUCCAUUUAAUAUGCAAGAGCUGGUACUCAAGGUGAGGAUUCAGAACCCAUCUCUUCGAGAAAAUGAUUUCAUUGAAAUUGAACUGGAUCGACAGGAACUCACCUACCAAGAACUACUCAGAGUGAGCUGCUGUGAGCUGGGUGUUAAUCCAGACCAAGUGGAAAAGAUCAGAAAGUUACCCAAUACUCUGCUAAGAAAGGACAAAGAUGUUGCCCGACUCCAGGAUUUCCAGGAGCUGGAGCUGGUUCUGAUGAUAAGUGAGAAUAAUUUUCUGUUCAGAAACGCUGCAUCCACACUGACUGAGAGGCCUUGCUACAACCGGAGAGCUUCAAAAUUGACAUACUAAUGCAGCAGAGACUUUAUUACUGAGUAUUGUGACAGUAUGUGUCACCUCUGGGCCAAAGGACAAGCCAUUGAUCCCAAAGCCUCACAUGCCCACAGGGCCCCUGGUGCCACUGCGUGUUGUACACUAACAGCCUGCCUCAGCAGGUGGGAACCCCGACCCCCAGCAGCGGUGCCACUCUUCCAAGCCUCUUGGUGCACAAUAAACCUAUUGCUGACUCUUGGAACAGCUCAAAAGUAGUCUUGAGAGGCAGAAGCCAAAGGUACGAUAGCCAGUGUUUUCUGUGCAGAAUCUAGAGAGCUGUCGAAGCAGAAACUGAGUGAGUAGACCUGUUUCUAGGCACUCCUGUUGACAGUGCACCUGAAGGACCAGGCGCACUUCUCUUGGUGUUGCAUGCUCAUGACGCUCCUGAAAUUUCAAACUGACUAGGGAGGAAGACUGGGGAAAGAAAGCACAGGUACUGGACUAAGGUAUUCUGGUGUGACUGUAGCUGUGAGGUUUCAUAUAGCAUAUUUAUAAAUGUUACUCAGGUUUAACGUAUUUAAAGAUAGUCACCUAAUUGUAAAUAGGCUGUUAACCAAAAGAGCUUCCCCUCCCCCAGUUUUCUUUUGUGAGCACUCAUGACUGCGCUGUCUCAGGGCAGUCAUCUUUGCAUCUCCUCCCCUCCACAGCCACUAGAGGGCUCUCUAAUGCUUUCUAAAGGAGCCACUACCUUUUUCCUCUGAGGCCGUUCUGUCAUCCUUGUUUAAUUGCACCGUUCAAGAAGAGCACAAACACUCUCACUUCCCACCAGAAAUGAAAAGCAGUUUUUUAGCCUGAAUUUGUUGCUGUUUUAAAGGUUAUUGUGGGAAACUGAACUAAAGGAGUUAGCAUCUUUAUUUUUGUAACAAAGAUAAAGGUUAUUUUGGAAAUUAUUAGGAUUUUUACAUAACUCUGAACUCUGUUGCUUUUGUAAACAAAUUGUUCAAUCUUAGGAAUCCCCCUGUCACCUUCACAGUCAGUUGUGAGCGCCUGAUUAAACUCUGGAGCACAGCAUAUGAAUCCUUUCCAAUCGUCAGAGAGUCGUCCCCUCCCUCCCCCCCGACAUCGGUAAAGCUGAAAAGCCUCCAUUUGCUGAAACCAACAGCUUAACCUUAGGAACAGGACCUGGCCCACAGACAAGGAGAGCAGGGCUGGAGCGGCUGUUGACAGGGAUCCCUGCCAUCUUAGGCUUUCUCCCCAUAGUGCCUAUAGUUUCCAAAGAAACUUAACCUCCUGAGUAUCAAUUUUAUUAGAACAUUGCAGUUGAGUGGAAACAUGCAGACAUCAGUGGAAGAGAAUGUCGUGCUGAGGUGACGGCCUCCACUGCCGCCUGAGUGCCGCAGUAAGGUUGAGGUGUUCUUCAAGGCCACCUUCACGGGGUCGCUGUGUGACGACUGAAUCACACCCACCCCUGGCGACUUCCCCUGGUAGAGUGUUUGUAUAGCAGAGUGGCAGUUCCUUGCCACCCGUUCUCCCAAGUGCUUUAAUGAAGAAACCUCCCUGUGUUUCAACCAAUCAGAAACUACUUUGUCUAGACGUUCUAACCUUUUUUUUUUUUUUCAUAAUUUGCUUUGAAAAAAAACUUAGUUUACUGAAAACUUAGUUUACUGAUAAGAAUAAGUGUGGUUCUAUCUUGGAAGAAAUAAAUUCAGUAUUAAUUCAUGUCUAAAUUACUGGGGUUCAAACUCCUUCAGCUACUCCCAGUUGAUUAGCGAUCCUGAGAAACAGUGGACACUGCCUGGGAGGCAGGCUACAGAAGACUGCUUCACAGUUCAGAAGCAGAGUGACCAAAGGUCUCGGUGUCCUAAAUGGGGGCCUAUGCUUUGCUGAAUUCCUGUGGUCAGUGUCUCUGGCAGUGGGAUGAAACUGCACGGUUGAAAUCUUAAUCUAUGCAUUCAGAGAAAUAUUUUUAUAUGCUUUGUGUAAUUUAUAACAAGGGGUUUUCUUUUAAGCUUUGUUAACUGAAUGCACCUCCCCUCUUCCACUGCAUAUUUAAAGCAUGUGUUCACACUGUGUGUAAACAUUCAUGGAAGACUUUUCCUCGUGUGUUGUUGACUCUUCAAACAUAACAGGUAUUACUAAAAUUAAAUGUUAACUGACCAA